UCUGUACAGGUAACAAAAAGUGAGGUAAGGUAAAACCCCAAUGAUUAUAAGCAGUUUAAAUAGAAAGAUUUAAAGCAAGUGAAUGAACUCUUUGACAAAAAGAAGAAACAAUAGAAACAAUAUUGAAGAAUGGGAACAAGCAGAUUAGCACCGUGCAUGAUUAUUGGUUUCAUAAACUUAUGCAUGACUGAGAUUGCUGCCACCAACAAAGAAUUUUCUGUAUCGAUAUACACAGUGACAUCAAAAAGCAUUUCAGUACAAUGGGCCAGGGUUCCAGGAAUCCACUCAGUCAAGGUCACAGCGACUCCUAAAACCAUACCAACGACUCCAGUGUUUGUUCAGUUCAGUGGGGCCACAAUCAUUGGGUCCAUUGUCUCCCUGACCCCUAAUAUCAUCUACACUGUGAAAGUGGAAGCUAUAGACAGCCUUGGCACUGUGCUGGCAAGCUCUGAGAUUGUGCAACCCACAGCCCCUGAUGUGCCCAGCAUUGACCAGGUGUACUCAAAGCAAAGUAGCAGCAUCACAGUGGAAUGGACAGCUGUUCCUGGGGCCACCGGCUAUACUCUGAGAGCUGAAGAUGGGAAAUCCAUCAUUGAAACCACAGUCACUGGCUCUCCAGGAACAAUCAGGAACCUGGACCCUGCUACUCAGUACGAGAUCAGCCUCAUGUCUGUCAAUGCAGGAGGGAGAAGCCAGCCCUCACUGCCCAAGAAAGUAAAGACAGUUCUGGCUGCACCAGUGCUCUCCUCCAGUUCUCCCAGCAAUGACUCCAUUGUGGUGACCUGGGAGCCUGUGUACAUGGCUGUUGAGUACACCCUUUCGCUCAUGAGGGCCGAUGGAGUAGGCAGUCGGCUGAAAGUAAACACCUCUCAAACCACCAUGACCUUCUCUAGACUGGAUUCUGGGAUCGCCUACAGCAUAAAAGCCAAUGCUUGGGAUUCCAGCCACACUCAGGGAGAUGACUUCUCAGUCACCCAGAUUACAAGACCCGCAGUUCCAAGCUCAGUCGAGCUGUCCAUGAUUGACAGGUCCAUGGGUGUGGAUGUGUCUUGGUCUUUGGUGGAGGGAGCUGAGAUUUACACCGUUCUGGGCUCCAGUAGACUGAACUGCACCUCGGUGUUCUCCUCCUGUUCCAUCUCUCCUCUGGAUUGUGGGAAUAACUACUCUGUCAGUGUGGUAGCCAGCAAUAAAGCAGGUCCUAGCUCCCCCUCCGAACCUGCUAAUUUCCUAACAGUUCCCUGUGCCCCACAAGGCAUCAGAAUAGAAGAAGUCAAUCCUGGCAACCUGACAGUGUCCUGGUCCAUAGUACCCCUCGGAAAGUACUACAUAGUCUAUGUGAAAAGAGACGAUGGCUUGGAGGGGUUGUGUAACACCUCGCUGAGCACAUGCUAUUACCAGUUUCAGUGUGGCUUUACAUAUUUCACCACUGUCUUUGCCUAUAACGCAGCUGGACAGAGUCCUUUAGGCAGUGUUUUAAACUACACUACUGCGCCAUGCUGUCCUGCGGACAUCAAGCCAGCCUUUGUGUCCGGUGACACUCUGGAGAUCAUCUGGUCCCCAGCCCGUGGGGCUGAAGAGUAUGAGAUUAAGGCAGACGACGGGUUCAGUGUGAUUCACUGCAAUGAUACAGCCACUGUCUGCGCUCUGUCUAUGUUAAAAUGCAACACCAGAUACAGUGUCAUCGUCUCCUCCUGUAGUGAGAUCAGGGGCUGCAACACCUCCUGUGUGCCACAUUACAUAACAACUGCUCCCUGCAGCCCACAGAUCAAGGUGACAAAGUUGACUCCGUUCACGUUUAAUGUCUCUUGGAGCUCAGACAACAAGAAAGCCAAUUACACUGUGACGAUUCGUGGGGGGGUGGGUCUGGAUGCAGAGUCUAGGACCCACAGAAGCUCUGGGAACUGGGUUGUAUUCAGCAAUCUGUCGUGUGGCUCCACCUUCUACGUUAACGCCAUUGCCACCAGCCCUGAAGGAGAGAGCUUGCCGAGCUACACCGUGCCACUGGAGACAGCUCCCUGCUGCCCUCAGAAUCUGACGGUCACUCAGGUGACACAAGCCAUGACCAACGUGAGCUGGUCUGUCGGACGAGGGGCUCAGUCAUACGUGACCAUGCUGGAGUCCCUCCGAGGAGAGGCCAGGUGCCACACCCUGCAGUCCCACUGCCUGCUAGGAUGCAUCAGCUGUGGGACUAACUACACUGUAUCCUUGCAGUCUAUCAGUGACACUGGCCUUACAUCAGAGUGCACGUACCAAGGAUACUCCUCCAGUGCCUGCUGUCCCUCCAAUGUGAGGCUGUACAGACUGGCUAACAAUGCAAUCAGAGUGUACUGGCAUGCCACCGGCGGGUCCCACAAUUACACUGCAGAUCUGUAUGGGUCCAAUGCCAACUACGCCUGCAGCCCCUCCCCAGGGUCCAGUUCCUGUGACAUCAGUGAGGUCUCCUGUGGGGACGUCUACACUGUAGUUGUGUCACCCAUGUCCAGUAAUGGAUCCAAAGUGACAUUCUGCCUGAGAAAAGUAUAUUUAGUAUCCUGUUCUGGAAGCAAUUUUGGAAUAGUUAUAUAUCAAGUGAAAAGAAUAUCAACUGGAAAUGCAAUCAAGGGCACGCUGAUGAAAGAUAAGAGAUUAGGCAACUUCCUAAGCACCUGUCUUUUAAAAACAUGUUUCUAUGUAAAGAAAGAGAUUAUACUUAAAUGGUUGGUUUCACAGUCCAUAGUUUGCAAUAAUAUUGCACUAAUGUUGGCCCAAUGUCCACGAUUCGUGCUAAUCGUGGUCUGUGAAACCAGCCCAUAAUGUGUGUAUCCAAAAGAGAAAUUCAAUAACCAUUUGUCUUUGGUGUAAAGAAUACAAAUAUAUUUGGCUUUUUAAAAAUGUAAUUAUUGAAGCGUUUAUAAGCAGGACAACAAGGUAAGGUUUACACAAUGUUUUAUUUUUCAUGAUUAUAUGCAAGGUUAUUACCAUUGGAUUUCUAAAUGAUUUCAGAUAUCUAUACUUAAGAACAAUGUAACCAAGUAACAGGAAGUAAACCUCCAGAGGAAAUGUGAGCAGUUUGGAAGAAGACUUAAACAGUGUGUGUUUUUAUUACAUCAUAAACAAUGAUUCUGCUAAUACUAGCAGUUCAUUAAUGACCAUGGCAGUGCCCCCGCACAUGUGCUGUUCAGCCUUUAAUACU